CAAGCGUAAUAUCUAGAGGACGGUCCUCCUUAAUGUUUCGAUUGCCUUCCUACAACCUUUCCCAAAUUACGAAAUCAAUCGAUCAUCUCCAUUAUGUGUAAUUACAGUAAUAAAAAUCGCAUUGCAAAUAAUCUAAUUUUAUAGUGAAUCUAUUCGCAUCCGGCCAUUUCGGUCUCCUCUGACAGUGGCGAGGGACAAAAGGUUGCGCCACGCGGGCGCCGCUCGCCGCAGCCGCGACCCUGCCCGGCCGCGGUGGGAGACCCACACUACUAUAUAAACGCGAGAGGAACAUUCUGAAGACAUCACUUACCUACCAGCUUCAGCAUGAAGGUAUUCGUGUGUUUAAUGGCCCUGGCGGCGGCCGCUCACGGCGGCAUCAUCAGCGGCGGCGGCUGGUCGGGCGGCGGCGGCGGCGGCUACGGCAGCGGCGGCGGCUGGUCGUCAGGCGGCAGCGGCGGCGGGUGGAAGCUGGGCGGCGGCGGCGGCGGCUGGCCCUCGGGCGGCAGCGGCUGGUCGUCGGGCGGCAGUGGAGGCGGCUGGAAGCUGGGUGGAGGCGGCGGCGGCUGGCCCAGCGGCGGCAGCAGUGGCUGGUCCAGCGGAGGCAGCAGCGGCUGGCCCAGCGGCGGCGGCGGCGGCUGGUCUAGCGGCGGCUACGGCGGCGGACACGGCGGUGGCAGCCAGGUGAAGAUCAUCAAGGUGAUCAGCUCUGGAGGCGGUGGCGGAUACGGCGGCGGCGGCCACGGAGGCUGGUCAUCCGGUGGCUCGGGAUCCGGAUGGAAGUCAGGCGGCGGGUCCGGCUGGUCCUCCGGUGGAUCCGGAUGGCCGUCAGGUGGAUCUGGCUGGUCCUCCGGUGGAUCCGGAUGGCCGUCCGGUGGAUCCGGCUGGUCAUCCGGCGGCUCCAGCGGCGGCUGGAAGCCCAGCGGUGGUUCCGGGUGGUCCUCAGGCGGAUCCGGAUCCGGAUGGUGGUGAACGAACGAUCGAAUGACGCUUACAAUACAAUGAUACCUCACGA